AUAACAGGAAACAGCUAAAACGUACAAUCACUGAACAGGCAAAACUCAAAAAGCAGCUAGCAGCAGCUACAGCUACAGCAGUGCCGUUGGGUCAGCACUUUCAGCAGCCAAAACAACCCAACACGGCAGACGAACAAGUUAAGCCAUAAAGACCCUUUUUUUCCCUUCUUUCAUUGGAGAGGAAAAAGUAGGAUUAGGGUUGUUUUGGGUUGGAACUAAAGAGUUGCUAGAGAGAGAGAGAGGAGAGGAGAAAAAUGGUGAACCCAAGAUGUUAUAUGGACAUAAGUAUAGGUGGAGAACCAGAAGGAAGGGUAGUGAUUGAGUUGUAUAAGGAUAUUGUGCCCAAAACUGCUGAAAAUUUCAGGGCUUUAUGCACAGGUGAGAAAGGCAUUGGACCUAACACUGGUGCUUCUCUGCAUUACAAGGACGUGCGAUUUCAUCGCAUUAUCAGAGGUUUCAUGAUACAAGGUGGGGAUAUAUCAGCUGGUGAUGGAACUGGGGGAGAAUCCAUUUAUGAUUUGAAAUUUGAAGAUGAAAAUUUCGAGUUAAAACAUGAAAGAAAAGGGAUGUUAUCAAUGGCUAAUAUGGGGCCUAAUACUAAUGGAUCUCAAUUCUUUAUUACGACUACUCGAACGCCUCAUCUUGAUGGAAAACAUGUGGUGUUCGGGAAAGUUAUAAAAGGAAUGGGUGUUGUUCGUUCUAUUGAGCAUGUUGCUACCGACGAUGGUGAUUACCCCACUCAAGAGGUUAUAAUUGCAGAUUGUGGAGAAAUUCCCGAAGGGGCAGACGAUGGAAUAUCAAACUUUUUUAAGGAUGGUGAUAUGUAUCCUGAUUGGCCUGCUGACCUUGACAAGAAAUUCGAUGAAAUUUCUUGGUGGAUAGAGGCAGUCGACUCAAUCAAAGCAGUUGGAAAUGAACAAUACAAGAAACAAGACUACAAAAUUGCUCUUAGAAAAUAUUGGAAGGCUUUGCGCUACUCGGACGAAUGUUGGGAGCUGGAAGGCAUUGAUGAAGCGAAAAGCUCCAAGUUGCGGAAGAUCAAGUCUCAGAUAUUUACAAACAGUUCUGCCUGCAAAUUGAAACUCGGUGAUCUAAAAGGAGCAUUGUUGGACACAGACUUUGCAAUUCGUGAUGGAGAAUAUAAUGUGAAAGCUUUCUUUCGUCAAGGCCAGGCAUAUAUGGGACUUAAUGACAUCGAUGCUGCGGUGGAGAGCUUUAAAAAUGCAUUGGACUUAGAACCGAAUGAUGGUGGAAUAAAGAAAGAGCUUGCGGCCGAAAGGAAGAAGAUUGCUGAUAGACGAGACCAGGAGAAAAGGGCUUACUCUAGAAUGUUUCAGUAUAUCACGGUACACCAACGAUCUUCAUAUUUGCUUUCUGAUUACCCAAAGGUAUUACUUUUCUAGUAAACUAUAAUUUGAUAUGUAUGCUGCCUUUUACUUGAAGGAUCAAUUUUGUUUCCUUUUUGCAUACAUUAUCAAGUAUUCCGUCUUUCGAGUUUGUUCUCGAUAUAAUCUGGCCAGAUUAGUAAAAAAUCAGGUAUAAUUUUGUUCUUUUUUUGUGUAAUGGAGUCCUACAGACUAUCACUCUAUUCUUUUGAGCUGGAUUAUUUCUGGUCAUUUUGAGUUCGGAUUAUUUUGGGUUGAAUUGUUUCGGGUUGUUGACCUUUUUAUGGUUAGAUAGAUAUUAUCAGGUUUGGAUUCGGGUAUUUUCGAGUUUGUGUCAAAAUUGAUAGGUCUACUAUGUUGCUAUAGUUUCAUUUUUCUUGAAGUACCUACAUCUAACACCCAUGUUUUCUGCAUUUUCGGAUUUGGUUAUAGGGAUACGAUAUUUCUAGUGGAAAAACUUGGAAAAUAAAUGAAUAUACCGUAUCGAAUAUAUAUUUAUAUUAAGUCUGAUAGACAUAGCUUAAUCUUCGAGAAAACUUUAGUUUCUCGAUUUAUUUAGAGGCGAAACAAACAAGCAAACUCCCAAGUUUUUAUUCAAAGACAACAUUUUCCAAGGGGAAAAAUCUCAAUUUUCUUGCAUGCCCUUAGGCACUAAGACGAAAACAUCGUUGUUCAUGGAGUCUGAUGGCAAAUUUAGCAAGAGCUUCUUCAUUUGUUGUGAGUCCUUCAUCUUCCUCUAGUCUCCCGGUCUCAAAAUUCAGCUUCGAAACAGGUUUCUUCAAGAGUUCGUUUGCAAUCUCCACAAGCUUCUGCAGAUUCUCCUCGGUUGCAAUAUCAGCUGUUGAUGUUGCGCCGGUCAACGAGUCAUCCUAUUCAAACAAGAUGUCAAUACGCAUAUUGUAAUUCUUGUAGCUUCGUUACAAAUCUAUUAAACUGUACCUGAAUGCGAAGAUAAUUUUCUUUGCACCUAGAGGUUCGGAAAAGAGCAGAAACAUGAAAAUCAACCAUAUCGGAACUCGCUUGCCCACAAGCAUCAAGAAGUGGUGUGUUCCCAUUGAGGAAGAUCCAGUCCAACAUUCCCCAAUUAUUGGCUGUAACUGCAUCAUACUUUGGUGCAUCCAUGGAGGCAAUACCGGUUCCGAGCGAAAGCACGAGCAUCCUCUUGUUAUCCAUUGGUUCAAUAUCAUUAAAUUUCGCGUUUUGCUUGAAACUCUCCAUCCGAACAUGGCUGAUAGCUAUCAGAGUCUACACAUACAAUUCACAUUAAAAUGGUCUUUAAAUUAUCACAAAUUUUGUUAGCUACUAACAACCUAUGAGCUAUAUAGCCUGGUUGGAUUCUCACAGGGUUGUUUGCAGCAACUCCACCGUCGAUGAGAUCAAAGCUAUGAGUUUUGCCAUCAGAACCCUUUGUUUCGAAGUGGUGUGCCGGUAGAAGAGUCGGAGCAGCUGAGGUACCGAUGCAUGCAUCGUAUAGUUUAGCAUUCUUCCAAUCGUUUACCUUUGCCUAAAUUAAAAAAAAAAUUUAAGGUCGAUUUAAUGACUAAAUAUAAAUAAUAUUAGAAAUAACACAAUAAUUCUUACAUCAUUGGUUGAGAAGAUAACUGGCUGAAGAAGCUUGAUAUCAAAAGUUGGUAAAACAAGAUUAGUCAAUGCCUGUUUUAGAGUAAUGUCUCCUAGUAAUUGGUUUAUCAGUGAUCUUAGGUACUUUCCGUCGUAUUUGGGUCCCGUCGAUGUAUUUAUGCUGCUAAAUUAUAACAUUUUAAUGUCAUAAAUCAAUAGAAAAGUGGUAAUUGAAUUA